UGCUGCUUCUUCCGGGCUUGUGUUCUGGCAUGGAGACUCUGCUGUGCUGAGCAGCAUGUGCUUUACACCGAGGCCGUUAGCCUCAUUUCCUGGGCGGAGAGCUCCUCGCGCUAUUAGACAAGCAACAGGAACCUUUAAAAAAAAGAAGAGGCUGAGACAGGGAGGGUGGGUGGAGGGUGAGAGGAGGGAAACACGAGGCAGCGAAUAGAGAACUUGGUUGAGCACACGGCUCCCACAACACAAAUCACUUUGUCACCAGCAAGCUCUGACAAGCAGACAGAGGAGGGAGAGAAAGAGAGAGGGAAAGAGUGAUAGACAUUGGUCUUGAAGGAGGAGGACAGAGAGCAAAAGAGGAGACAGAAGGGAAGACAAGUAACCAGAGAGCGAGAGAGAGUGGGAGAGAGAGUGAACAAGGGGAGGUGUUUCAGCCCGAUAGUAGUGGAAGCACGAGAGGCAAGGUGUGAAACGAUAGGAGCGACAGGAGGAGAAACAGGAGGAGGUUACCGUGGAUGGGCUGUACUGGACAGAGACAGACGCUGCGAGUCCGGACCGGAGACUGAGAGCUGGAGAGAGAGAAGGAUUCUCAACACGUUUCCCACGGCUGCCAGGAGAGAACAGGGUCUGCUACUUCACUCUCUAACUUUAAGAAAAAACAAACUUUGUUUAAACUUUUUUUUAACCAAAAAAAAGUACAAGAGGAUUAGGUCUCUUUGUGCUUCCUUCGGAGUGUUGUUUAUGAUUGUUUGGUUCAGAUAGCAUCCUCGCUUUCUGAUAGAACACAUUCGAGCACUGUUUGUACGAGAAGGAGCUUGAACUCUGGUCUCAACUUUAAGUGUUGAAAGCAUGUUCUUUACGCUGCCUUCAUCACAAAAAAGAGGUAGUGGAAGUGAGGAGCCGUAAUGGUUGCUUUUUUUUUUUUUUUUUAACCGGACUGAUUCAGUUUGUGCCUGUAAAUAUAUCAAGUAGGAGUCUGAAAUACGGCACCUUCCCCUGCCCCUGGUAUCUGACUAUCAGCUGGGUGAGUCAGUCCUAUCCCCCCUGGGAUUUGAAUGUGGGUUUGUUAAAGAAAUGCCAGAGUUCAUGUGACCCGGCGUCGGUGUUCGUGUUUCACUAGUCUACUGCUCCCUGGCCUGGAUCGCUGCCACCACUUUGAAAGAACCCCAGAGCCAUCUGUCCGCUGUGAUCCAGUGGGCCGAGGAUCAGGGACAGCGGUUUCAAUCGAAGACGAAGAGGAAGAAAAAAAAGAGGCAGAGAGAGGCUAGGUGCUGGGGAGGCAGGCACUGAGAAGAAGUGAGAGUGUUCUGCCAACACCUUGUUCUAUUACUGAGUGCUCUGCUGUCGGCUCCUCUCUCACACACUCUCUGCCUGCUCUCUGGCGCCUGAGUUAAGAGAAGGCACACUCUGUUACGGCCAACAGCGAGCCUGAGAAGCAGACCAGCUCUUGGUGGUGGAGAUAGAUUUUCGCUGGACAUACCCGCGUGUCAACUAUAGCGAUAUAGCUUGUUUUGGUGCUUUCUUGACUGCUGAAGUGUGCACCUUUUGCUGUGGGCCAAAGUUUUGUUUUGUCACACGCUAGCUGUUUUGGUGUGGGGCGCCUGACACCUCUGUGGGUGUUUUACCUGCGUGUGAUUCAGACAGACACUGAACCGGGUGGGGGGGGGCGGUUGUUUUACUCAUCGCGAGAGACAGCAGUGGCCUCUCUGGGUGGCUCUUGCCUCUGAUCAGUCCGACUCUGGUCCCAGCACAGCCUCUUCACUUGAGCACACAAGCCAUCCCUCAAGGCAUCCCAGGAGCAGGCUCCCACAUCGACCGAGGCGAGAGAGCGUCGUCCCAACUCACAAACACACAGAGAGACCGACAGAGAGCGGAUACCUCGCACCCGCAUCCAACCCGAGAUCCGCGUUGCCUAGGUUUCCGUCACGGCCGACCUGGGCACCAUGAGGCUGGCGUUGGCCGCCCUGGUGGCGGUGUGCGUGCUGGGCAGCGCCGGCGGCAUGUCCACCUGCAAGACGCUGGACCUGGAGCUGGUGAAGAAGAAGCGCAUCGAGGCCAUCCGCGGCCAGAUCCUCAGCAAGCUGCGGCUGCCCAAGGAGCCCGUGGCGGAGCAGGCGGGCGAGGGGGUGGCCAUCCCCGCCGCCCUGCUGUCCCUGUACAACAGCACGGAGGAGAUGCUGAGGGAGGAGCUGGACGCACCGCAGCCCGUCUCCGUGCAGCAGGAGGAGGAGGAGUACUUUGCCAAGGAGCUGCACAAGUUCACCAUGAAGCACGUCGAGCACAGCACCAAGCAGAACCUCCCCAUGGCCUUCAACAUGAGCGAGAUGCGCCGUAGCAUCGGAGGCUACCAGCUCCUGACCAGCGCUGAGCUGCGUCUGCAGAUCAAGAACCCGGGCAUCGAGAACGAGCAGCGGGUGGAGCUGUACGAGGGCCUGGGGGCCGGCGCCCGCUACCUGGCCUCACGCUUCCUCACCAACCAGUUCAAGGACAAGUGGCUGACCUUUGACAUCACCGAGACCCUGCAGAAAUGGCUGCAGAGCGACGCGGUCGAAGAGGGCUUCCAGCUGAGGCUGUUCUGUGAGUGCGGCAACUCGUCCAUAGACAGCACCUUCAGCUUCCGCGUGUCCGGGACCGAGAAGAACAGGGGGGACAAGGAAAUCCUGCAGAAUAACUUGCCCAAGCCCUACAUCCUGGCCAUGUCCAUCCCCAAGAACAGCAGCAGCCAGGGCGGUUCGCGCAAGAAGAGGUCCACGGAGGCUGGUGGAGGAUCCUGCACAGAUCAGACGGAGAGCUGUUGUGUGCGUAAGCUGUACAUAGACUUCCGGAAGGACCUGGGCUGGAAAUGGAUCCACAACCCCAAGGGUUACCAUGCCAACUACUGUAUGGGGUCAUGCACCUACAUCUGGAAUGCAGAGAACAAAUACUCCCAGAUCCUGGCUCUGUACAAGCACCACAACCCCGGAGCCUCCGCCCAGCCCUGCUGCGUGCCUCAGGUCCUGGACCCCCUGCCCAUCCUCUACUACGUGGGCAGACAACACAAGGUGGAGCAGUUGUCCAACAUGAUCGUGAAGUCCUGCAAGUGUAGCUAAGGGGAUCGGACCUGCUGAGCGCGCACGCCGCGCCAGUGGACAGGACCCCGCGUCGUCGGGGAGACCCCGGGGGUUCCUGAGAGCGAUUUAACCGUAAUGUCACGGAGGAAAAGGCGGCGAAAAAGAAGAAAAUAAAAAAGGGUUUCAGAAUCACAAAUGUUCCAGCCUCCACCUCCCUCCCUCCGUAGGCCAACAAGAGCACAGACUUACUUUUAGAGAUGUAUGUUUUAUUUUUAAUGCGACUUUAUAUCCUGCCUUUAAUAAUAAUAAUAAUGAUAACGAUUAUCACAAACCAUUCUUCUUCAACUUUAAUAUGUUAUUUAUUUGUUUUGUAAAGUGUGAGAAUGGAGAGAAAUGAUGCCCGAGGCCCGCUGUGGACUGGGUGGGAUGUGAACUCUCCACCAGGAGAUGACACGUAUCAGACUAGUGAUGGAUGGGGGGAUAGAAUAGAUGGAUGGAAGGACGGAUGGAUAUCACGGAUAAAAACGUGCGACCUGGUAGGACAGGGCAUUAAGGACAUUCCUGCCAACGAAACGACAGCACCACCAGCCAAAACAAGACAAACCGGUCCCACACAGACGGGUUGUGAGACUCUCAGGGCUGGAAACAAGUGGGAUAUUUCCUCGUGGACCUGCUGCUGAACUAUAAACAAUGCAGAUGGUAGUUUCGGCGGAGAAUCUGGAGUUAGAUGCUUUCCGCGGCUUCCCGCUCCAGGUCCUUGUCAAUUUAACAUUUUACGUUGUAUAAUUUGUACCCCGUCUGACUGAACAGAGACCUUUUUGUGUGUUUAUGCCUGCCGUGCCGUCAAAGCCAAUGAGUAACAUCAGUGGUCGUGCGAGUGGUGGCGGUUUGUUUUCUCAGCUCUUAUUUGGGAGCCUUCUUGUUGUCUUUAGAGGGCUGGGUUAGGGGGAUGUGGUUGCCAUGUUUGUUUAGGGGCAGGCAAUUUAAAAUCUAUGAACACAUUUGUGGCUCUUUUUAUUUUUUUGUUCAUAGGCCACUGGCAAUUGGGGACAGUUCACUGUCUUUUAUUCAAGGUGUCUUGGCUUCUGUCUGUAGUGUCGCUCUUUGCACAACCCAGUACUUUCAAGAGGAUUCAUUCAUCCUUAUUCAGUCUACGGCUUUCACUUCCAGCAAUACAUCGUACACGUGUCUUUCCAUUCCUCUUUUGUUGCCAUGGUUUUUAUAUUGCACUUGUUGUUUUUGAAAGUCUCCAUCCUUUGUAAAUAUUGCAGGAACUUGAAAUAAACAUUGACUUGUUAAUUUAUGAUU